AUGCCCAGUUGCCUCACAGCCGCACCCACUGCCACAAGCUCUUCAGCUUCGCGCACAGGGGGGUGUUGAACUUCGCUCCAUCUCACUUCUAGGACAAUAUGCGCUCACUGAAGUAGAGGUGCCUCGCCUUUUGGUGCAGUGGUAUAUUGUUCCUUCAUAGGUCGCAAUGCCACCUUCCUCGACGACGACUUCCCCGGCCUGCCAGUCACCACGCCCGUCGAUGCAGACGACACCGACCGUCAGUUCGUCGUUCCCGCCGACACGCCCGCCCCUGCCGUCAAGACGAGGACCCCACUAGUAAGGUCGGCGCACAUGGACGUCUCAUCCUCCCUUGAUGAUUCUGCCAUGAGCGCCGUUGACGUGGCCCCAGGGUACACUGGCGGAACCUUACUUAAUUCCACAGAUACCGAAUCGUCCUCGUCACCGUCUCCUGAGCCGUCCUCGUCACCGUCGCCCACAAACCCUUUGUCACCGUCGCCUGCGCUGUCACCGUCGUUGGCAGCGUCAUCGUCACCCUCGGUCUCACCGACCGACUCUGACUACUCCGCCGACCCUCUGGACCUCAUCGGCUCACAGACCCCGACUCGCCUUGGCCCACCGGACGUGCACCGCCCAGACUUCAGCACGUACCGUGAGCCCGCAUCGGCUGAGGAGUCGCCCGACGAACUCGACAUCAUUGGGCGUCACUCGCGCGAUGAAUCGCCGGAUGAAAUCGAUUUCCUCACCCAACACCACCGCGCCUUCAUCGCCACAGACGACGACGACCCCACCCUCGACGCCAUCGAGCCCGUCAAAUCGAUCACUAGCGACCCCCAGACCUGGCGCGAAGCAAUGUCCAGCGACGAGCACAACAUCUGGGCUGAGGCCGCCGCCGCCGAGUUCACCGCCAUGCGCGACGACUUCAAGGUGUUCACCAUCGAGCCUCGCUCAUCUGUGUGAAGAGUCCACUCUCAGCUCGACAGGGGCGCCUCGGUCGUUGCGCGCGCCUGCUAGCCUGGCCCCUGUGGUGGGGACUUAGGCGCGCGCGAGUGCCUCAGCGCGCCGGCGCCGGCGGUUUUCGGGCGCGCGCCGCUAGCCCGCCCUUGCAGUGGGGACUUAGCCGCGCGCGACUGCCUCAGCGCUCCAGCGAUUUCGCCCGCGCCUGGGCAUAUCCCAGCGCGGGCCACCUUUCCAUUUCUUAGCUUCCUUCUCAUCACUUCUGUUCGACUCUCGACUUCUCCUGACAGUAGUGGUGAUCAUCUCAUAGGUACGCUGAAAUAGAUCACUUCUGUUCGACUCUCGACUUCUCCUGACAGUAGUGGUGAUCAUCUCAUAGGUUAUAAGCCCAUCGAGCUACCGCUGGCAUGGACACGUCGUCAACCCUCGCGACGAGCGCCACCCCGACAAUUCCCGCCGAACAGCUUGCCGCACUUACAUCGCUGCUGUCGGGACUCACCGCUGCCGCUUCCGGCACUACCGCACCCGCCACGACAUCCGGCUCCAAUCGCAAUGCCUUCCCGAAGCAUGCGCGGUUGGACGGGCCGAAGACGUUCGCGAACUGGACACGCCAGCUUCGCCUGUGCCUAGCGGACGACAUCCGCUCCUACGUCCUCGACGGAAUCACCCCCGACGAUUGGACGCCUUCGCAACGCUCCGCCCGCGACGUCGUGGCACGCGAGAUCCUUGCAAACUCAAUCGACUCGGCCGAAGUCUCGGCAGUCCUCGACAAGAUCCCUACGGCCGACCUCACAGCGCCCAAGAUUUACUCGACGCUGAAAUCGCGAUACGCCCCUGAUGACGCCACUCGCACGCUCGAGCUCUUCUCGCGACUCUGGGGCUUCCGACCCAUGCCCGGAACGGUUGGCGAAUUUGACAGUUGGAUCAUGGACUUCAAGUCGGUCGCGCAAGAGAUCAUCGAUACGAAAACGACGAUCAACGACGUCCUUGCCACACUCCUCCUCGCGAUCGCCCACCCGUCACUCGAGAGCUUCAAGGCAACGUUCACCGACGAACAACGCACGCAACGAACUCUCCCUGACAUCGAUUCAGUGGCCGACCGUAUGCGAGUUCAACUCCGGUCAACGAACCUCUCCAACGAUCAAUCGGCCCUCCUUGCCUCGUCGUCGCCACGUUCUGUUGAACUUCGCUCCAUCUCACUUCUAGGACAAUAUGCGCUCACUGAAGAAGAGGUGCCUCGCCUUUUGGUGCAGUGGUAUAUUGUUCCUUCAUAGGUUAUGAGCCCAGAGCAACCAGCAGGUCAUGAGUUCAAUCCCCCCUGGGGUCAGGCAAUUUUGCGCGCAUACACUCAGCGUCCCGGCCCCCGCACUUGCCCAGCAGCGUGCCAAGCACCCUGGCGCAUCGACAGUGCUCACAGUGCCCAAGCUGCACUUGCCCAAGCGACCUGAUCAACAUGCCCAGUUGCCUCACAGCCGCACCCACUGCCACAAGCUCUUCAGCUUCGCGCACAGGGGGGUGUUGAACUUCGCUCCAUCUCACUUCUAGGACAAUAUGCGCUCACUGAAGCAGAGGUGCCUCGCCUUUUGGUGCAGUGGUAUAUUGUUCCUUCAUAGGUUAUGAGCCCAGAGCAACCAGCAGGUCAUGAGUUCAAUCCCCCCUGGGGUCAGGCAAUUUUGCGCGCAUACACUCAGCGUCCCGGCCCCCGCACUUGCCCAGCGGCGUGCCAAGCACCCUGGCGCAUCGACAGUGCUCACAGUGCCCAAGCUGCACUUGCCCAAGCGACCUGAUCAACAUGCCCAGUUGCCUCACAGCCGCACCCACUGCCACAAGCUCUUCAGCUUCGCGCACAGGGGGGUGUAGCUCGAUGGGUCGACCGCGCUACUAAGUGGCAGCAAUCGCACUUGUGGAAGGACCGCUCCACCUGGUUUUCCCCGGCGCCCAGCGGGGUACCCACCAGCAUGGCUUGCUUCAACUGCGGACGAGGCGGUCAUUUCUCGCAGCACUGCACCGCGGAGCGUCAAUCCCCGGUCGCCGUCCAACUCUCAGCGGUCGCUGUGGCCGACUUGGAUGACGAAGAUUGGUCCUCGGUCGCAGGUGGUGACGAGGAUCCCGAGGUGAGAGUCCCCAUUUCACUCGAGCGUGUUCAGACUCGACCUUUGAGUUCCGUUUCCGCUUCAAUGACGCGCCCUUCUUGCCCUCCCGCAGACCCCGUUGGCCGAAUGAAAGAAGGGGCUUCUUCUUCAGUCGACGUCGAAGUCUCAUCAAGUAAUCCGCAGCCAACCGCGCCGGCAAGUGAUGCAGAUCUACGUCGUCUUGCCGAUGACUCGACCGACUCUGCGUUUGACGCGGUGGAAGACGUCCCCUCUUAUGCUGAUGCCGCGUCGCGAAUGCGGCGAUACUGGGGGCCGGAGGUGGUGUCGUCGCGCAAAGCGGAGAGGACUGCAUCGGUGAGCUCUGUUCGUGUUCCGGUGCCGUUGGGGGUUUCUCUCUUGGAGUCCGACACGCCCCUGAUCGACGUCGACGACUUCGCCCGACCCGCCGAGCCCGCGAUUGUGCGCGCCCGCAAUAUUAUUGCGUGGACGUUGCCGUCUGGGCGAACGCUGCGUUGCCUCGUCGACUCUGGUUCGGAAGUGGACUUGGUGGAUCAGGAUGUCGUGCGAACAGACCCGAGUUUCACGACGUCCCGCCUUACCGCGCCGCUGCACUUGCGCCUCGGCACUCGCGACAAAUCUGACCGCUGCGCCGUGUUUGCCAACGCCCUCUUCACGUCCGGUUCCCUCGACCUCGGCUUGCGGGCGUUUUUCAUUUGCCGUGUGACGGCAUAUGAUGCUAUCCUGGGUUUGCCGUUUCUGAAGGACACCGGCAUGCUGGUAGGCUGGGGCGUCUUCACCGUCGCACGGCCGGGCCCUUCGCAGCCGGUCGCCAAGGGCACUCACGAGUGGGAUCGCGCAGUCACGGUGGCGCCCAUCUGCUCCGGCUCUGCCAUUGGCUACGAUCACCCAGGGUUGCUUCCUGACGACGAGAUCAUUGGCCUCGAGCCGCACAACCCUCUACUGGAUGUCGUCGACGACCCGGCGCUCGAGGAUUUGUCUGAGUCCGAAGCACGAACACGAUUGGCUGCCUUACUCGAGAAAUACUCUGAUGUGUUCGUAGAUUCGCUCCCAAUGGACCGACUCCCGCCUUAUCGACCCGUCAAUCACGAAAUCCCUUUGAUCGACCCCAACGAGAAGGUCAAGCCGAGGGUCUAUCCCCUUGCCGACAAAUAUCGUAGCCAGUGGGCGGAGCAUUCAGCUAAGUACACUCGCGGUCGCUUCUGGGUUUCUGGUCCGAUCGACUCUGCGGCUCCGGUCUUCGCCAUUCCGAAAAAGAACUCCCAGACCGCUCGCUUUGUGAUCGACCUCCGCGCUCGCAACAGCAACACCGCCAAGCGUUUUUCACCUAUCCCCGACAUGACCAGUGUUCGCUACGAAGUGGCACGUUCGCGCUACCGGUCCAAAUUCGACGUGGCCGCAGCGUUUGAGCAGGUGCGGGUCAUACCCGAGCACGUCGAUCGCACCGGCUUCGCCACGGUCACGGGCACGUACACGUCGCGGGUGAUGCAGUUUGGGGACACCAAUGCGCCCAACACCCUGAACUUGUUGACAUCGGCGAUGUUUCAGCCGUGCCUCUCGUUUGCCAAGAUCUUUUUCGACGAUGUUCACGUCCAUUCCGAUACUCGUCGCGCGCACUUAAGACACAUCGAGAUUUUGCUGAUGACACUGCGACAUUAUCGGUUCUACUUAGGAUCCAACAAAUCCGAGUGGUUCUCAAAGUCGUUAGAUUCCUUGGGCGCGAUCAUCUCCGACGACGGCAUCGAGGUCGACCCGGCCAAGUGGGAGCGUAUCCGACAGUGGCCGACUCCACACAACAAGACCGACGUUCAGCGUUUCCUCGGCACCGUGAAUUGGAUGCGAGAUCACCUGCCCCACCUCUCGAUCACCUUGGAGCCCAUCACCGCAUUAUUAGCGCAAUCGACGUCGUGGCGUUGGAACGAGCGCGAGCAGCAGGCCUUCGACACCGUCAAGUCCCUCGUGCCAGCAACACUGCGACCGAUCGACGGCGCUAAGGUCACCUCCGGCGAGCACAAAAUCUACUUGUUCACCGAUGCCAGUCGUGUUGGCAUUGGCGCUUGCCUGGCCUCGGGCCCCACUCGUUCGCAGGCCAUUCCUACGCGAUUCUUCUCCGCUAAGUUCAAUGGCGCUCAGCUCAAUUAUCACGUCACUGAUAAGGAGUUCUUAGCCGUCGUUUCGGCGUGUCGGGCGUUCGAGCAGCACUUGAUCGGUUACCCCUUCGUCAUCGUCACCGACCACCAAGCCCUUCGCACGAUUAAAACGCAGAAGUUACGCCAAACACCCCGGCACAUCCGCAUGUGUCUCGAACUCAGCCGUUUCGACUUCGAAUUCGAAUUCAUUGCGGGCAAGAACAACUCCCUUGCCGAUUCGUUGUCACGCUUGUGGGAAGUCAAGGAGGGAUCGCCCGAGGAUCAGGUCAAGGAGAAUGAGUUGGAGGAUAUGUUCUUUGAUGGAGAACGCCACGGAUUCACUACACACGGUGAGAGCCUCCCUGAGGAACGUCCUUACACCUCACCAUCUCCCGAUCGGUUGCCUCCUGUUGAUUUUGCCUUCGGGCCCCAACGCGACGAUUGCGAGGCAGGCUCUCCCGGAUACUACGCGCUCAAGGACGAAUCGCAAGACGAGGACGUGAAUGGACGGGAUUUAGGGAAUUUGUUCUUGAAGGAAGAAUGCCACGAGUUCACUACACCUGGUGAGAGCCUCCCUGAGGAACGUCCUUACACCUCACCUUCGCACGAUCGGUUGCCCCCUGUUGAUUGUGCCUUCGGGCCCUGGGAUCACGGCUACGACGCAGGCUCUCCCGGUUCCCAUCGUCUGGCCGAGAACAUUAUGGACGCCGUCGACUCUUCUACCGGUCCCCUUUCUCCUCCCAUCGCCGUCAAUCGAGUUCAUGCUAUCGCCGCGGCCCCCGCCAACGACGCGCCCAUUCCAGUCGAUGCCGACGCCGAUGAACUCGACUUACUGGGAGCCGCCGCCGAUGAGGUCAACGACGCCCCUGUAGUCCAUCGACCGCCCGACCCGCUGCCGCAACCUUUCCUCGACGCCGUCAUCCGAGCCUACGCCCACGAUUCGCAAGCCCAAGUCAUUGUUGACGACCCGCUGUCAUGGCCGAUGUUUCGGGUGACCGAGGAAGGGAGGAUCUUGCGUGUACAUCCAGAUGAGUCUCUUUCCCUGUUUGUGCCUCGCGGUCUCGCUACCGGCGUUGUCGACUCCGACAAGCUCCCAUCGCUGCGCGAGCUCGUGCUUUCGGAGAUCCAUCGGAGCGUCGGGCACGCGGGACAUCGCAUCACCUUGGCCGCCAUACGUCCUUUGUAUUGGUGGUCGUCCAUGUCUGCCGAUUGCGCCAAGUUCUGCCAUUCAUGCGAAGAUUGUGCCCGAGGCAAAGCGUCCACUCAAGUCCCUUAUGGCCGACUGCAUCCGAUGCCGAUCCCUUCUGGCCCAUGGGAACAAGUGGCCAUCGACUUCAUGACGGGACUGCCUCCGGUCGAGUUCGAAGGGAUGAUGGUCGCUCAAAUCAUGGUGGUCACUGACACUUGGGGCAAGAUGGUCCACCUGAUUCCCCUCCCAGCCGACGCCGACUCCGAGCUCGUUGCCGACAGGUACUACGCCACCAUCUUUCGACUGCAUGGGACGCCUUCCGCCAUCGUUUCCGAUCGCGAUCCCAAGUUCACCUCGCAGUUUUGGCGAGCAUUGCAGGCGAAGGUCGGCACCGUCUUGCGGAUGUCAACAGCGGCGCACCCAGAGACCGACGGAUCGAGUGAGAACCGAAUCAAGAUGGUCACCCAAACCCUGCGCAUCAUGGUGUCGUCAAACCACGAGGCUUGGGCAUCUCGUCUUGUUGAAGCUGAGUUCGCUCUUAACUCUUCCGUUGCUGUUUCCACGUCUCUGUCGGCUUUCGAGGCGACUUACGGUUACCUUCCUCGACGCUGGCCCACCGAUUCCUGGUCUGUCUCGGACGUCCCGCGUGCGGAAGCGUUUGCCCGAAGGCCAACAAGCAUCGACGCCCGGAUGAUCCCGCCUUUCGGACCGGCAGUUAUGUCUAUCUUUCGACCAAGAACCUGGCAGUUCCUGAAGGGAUGAAGUCGAAGUUGUUGCCGCGCUACAUUGGUCCUUUCCGUAUCCGAGCGGCCAUUCCAGCGACGUCCAGUUACGACCUCAAGCUUCCCCCAGCAAUGUCGCGAGUGCACAGUCGCUUCCAUGCUCGACUGCUUCGCCCCUAUGUUGAGAACGAUGCUGAGAGGUUCCCUGGGCGUGACCCCGCAGUUCUUUUUGUUGAAGAUGUAGCCGACGCGGCCGACAACUCCGCCAUUCCGGAACGGAUUGUUCGCGAUCGUCGGAACGCUCGGGGCAAUCGUUCGUUCUUGGUUCGAUGGAUUGGCCGUAAGGACAUCGAUGACACUUGGAUGUCAGAGCAGUCCCUCCGCUUCGACCAUCCAUCCCUACUCGACGCCUACCUGGCACAACUCGAUCGCUCAAAUCGCCGCCUGUCCUCCCGGUAG